GCUCGAAUGACGCUGCAGACUCCUCAUACAUUGGAUGUUGAUUUUUAAGCAGACGUUGAUGUGGUACAUGGAUGCCUCCAGGGUCAAGGCGACCCAGCAGGUAAGAGCGGUGAUCUGUAUGAAAGAAUCCCAUUCUUCCACUCAGCAGAGUCAGAACUUGUGUUGGUAUCGUGCCCAUCCCUUGUUGAACCCCAAGUUAUCAAACAACUGAUCAUAGCCACUCAACACAUAUACCUUCCGCAAGAUGUCCGCUUCUAUCAAAACAUUCAAUCGUGCUGCCUACUUGAGGCAAGAAGACCCAGAAGUCAGAAUACACUAUGUCGAAUCACAUCCACCACGCAGUACCCAGAAGAAAGGCACAAUCCUCUUGAUCCACGGCUUCCCAGAAACCUCUUACCAGUUUCGCCAUGUCAUGACACCCCUUGCUGCAGCAGGAUAUCAUGUCAUCGCACCAGACAAGACCGGUCACGGUUACAGCUCGAAGCCAAUAGGCGACAUCCACCAGCAAGAUCCGUUCACGAAAAGGUCGUUGGCCAACGAUCUCCACGACCUCGUCACCAAGCACGUUGGAGUGGAGGACAAGAUUCACGUGGUCGGGCAUGACAUUGGCGGCAUGGUCGCUCACGCAUAUGUCUGCCAGUUUCCGAAAGACGUCGAAUCUGUGACCUGGGGUGAAUGCCCUUUACCCGGAUCGACAUUGUACGACAGUGAGAGGCAUUCGCGGCAGCUCUGGCAUUUUGACUUUCAAAGCCACAACCCGGACAUCGCGGUAGCUCUGGUCCAGGGAAAAGAGAGGAUCUAUCUGAAGCACUUUUACGAUCGACUUACGCAGAAUCAAGCAGCCUUCACGCCGGACGUGGUGGACUUUUACGUCAUGCAUUUCAGCAUGCCGGAUGCUCUGCGCUGCGGAUUCCUGACGUAUCGAGCAUUCGAGACGGACGCGGAGGAUAAUCGUAAAUGGAGAGAUGAGAAAGGCAAGGUCAAGGUGAAGAAUAUGGUUCUGUCUGGGGCGCAGUCCUUCCUUGCCCCCAAGGCUGAGGACAUGGCCAAGGAGUUCUAUGAGGAUGUCAAGACAGGCCUUGUGCCUGACUCGGGACAUUACCUUUCCGAAGAGAAUCCUGAGGGUUUCGUGACUGAGGUUUUGAAGUUCAUCGAGUCCUGAAGAAGAGGCUCAGAAAACCUAGUUUAGGAAGAUGGUAGGGAGUAUUCCUCUUUCCACCUGGGCCAGAAUGCGAAACAGGCCUCUCCCCAUCCGAUUUCCCACUCGUCACUUAGACCUUACUCAUCAAGGUGGUCGUGAACAAAGGCGGCAAGGCUGAAGUACCACACCCUACGGCGGUCAAGAAAUAUUAGUCGG